AUGACAGCUAUCUCCCUCUCUCCUCACAAAGUCGCCAGUCGACAUGCCCUUCUUCCAUCUCCGUCUCCAGAUCCAUCCUCCGUCAAGCUCCCAGAUUCACCUCAAAAGAACACCAAUCCUUCCAACGCCGGUUCAUUGACAGAAAAGCCCCGAGGCCUAGGACUACGGAGACCGCAGUCGCAUAGCCAGCUGUCUUCUACACCCAACAUGGGCACUCAAGCCUCCAACUUGCGACCGCCACGCUUGGGUUUCAACUCAAAACGCUCUCGCGAGCAACUCAAUCAACCACGCCCAGCUCAACAACUUCCAAGUACUACUCCCGCCGCCGACGCCGCCACCGCCACUACCACCACCACUACUGCCACGACCGGUCGAGUCCGCGCAAACAGCGAUGCCCCUUUGCCAUACAUGCCUCGAGUCCGAAAGCCUCAGGUGGUUUCCUCCUCGUCCAAUUUCUCCAAUCUCUCUUCAAAUCAUCUGGUUGCGCACGCCCGUAAAUCUAGCCUGGAAAUGGCUCUUCGGGAGGGCCCACCGCCGGGAACAACAAUAGCUUCAGCCUUAUCGUUACUGAAACACUCUAUCAUUUCCACCGGUGUAAUUGCGACCAAAGAGGGAAUGUCAGACUACCGUAUUUACCUCUGGCUGACCCUAUUGAACAUCCCCGCGUUUCCAACAGACACCUAUCUCACUCUGAUCCACCGAGGCCGUAGUCCGGCCUACGAGAAGAUCUCCAACGAUGUCUUUCGAACACUAGCCACUGAUACGCUUUUCAAGAGACGAGUGACAGACGCAAGCCUCACCCGUGUUCUCAAUGCUACCGCCUGGCGGAUCCACGAAGCCCAGACUUCUGAUCCCCCAACGCAAUUUGCUCUCAAAUAUACCCAAUCUACCUAUCUCCAGGGCAUCAACGUUCUCACCGCGCCUCUACUCUACGCAUCUCGCUCCGAGGCUCAAGCCUAUGCAAUUUUGACGUGCCUCCUGACCGAACAUAUCCCUGCCUACCUCUCACCAACCAUGUCCGGCGUCCACCGAGGCGUUGAUCUGAUCGAUCGAAUCCUCGCACACGUGAACCCAAAACUAUCAUCAUUUUUACUUAGCAAAAACCUCCCGGCCCGGAUUUACGCCUUCCCAUCCGUCCUAACCUUAUGCGCAUGCACACCCCCCCUACCGGAGGUGAUGAAGCUCUGGGACUUUUUGUUUGCCUUCGGCGUGCAUCUGAACGUCAUCUGCGUUGUGGCCCAGCUGAUGCUCUGCAAAGAGGCGUUGCAGGAUCAUCCGAGCCCGGCCAAGAUGUUGAGGAGCUUCCCCAGCUUGAAUGCAGACGAGAUUGUCAAGAUGACACUGUUAAUUAUCCGAGACCUCCCUGAAGACUUGUUUCGUGAUGUCGUCAUGCACGGCAGAGAGGUUUCAUGA